AUGGAAAAAGAAAAGAAGCCAAACAACGACCUCGUCGAAGUCACCACCAUCCGAUCUGCCACAAUGGCCGAGACCUGGGGCCCAGACGAAGAGAAGGCCCUCGUGCGCAAGAUGGACAUUCGAAUCUUCCCAGUCAUGAUUGUCCUGUUCAUUCUCAACUUUAUCGAUAGAAACAACUUUGCCAACGCACGCCUCAGAGGUUUGGAGAAGGAUCUGAACCUCACCGAUGUUGAAUACCAAACCUGCAUCUCCAUUUUGUUGGUUGGAUAUGUCAGCAUGCAGAUCCCUUCUAACAUGAUUCUCAACAAGUUGACCAAACCUAGCUGGUACUUGUGUGGUUGCGUGGCUACGUGGGGCGUCAUUUCUGCUGCCACUGCAGCAGUUCACAAUGCCACGGGCGCCAUCCUUUGCCGAUUUAUCCUUGGUUGCGUCGAAGCUUCGUUCUUCCCUGGGUCUAUAUACUUCUUGUCUCGCUGGUAUACAAGGAAAGAGAUGCAGCUGCGGGUGACCAUUCUGAAUCUUGGCAACUUGGCAGCACAGGCCUUUGGAGGCCUUAUUGCUGCUGGAAUUCUGGCCAAUAUGGAGGACAAGGCUGGUAUCCGUGCUUGGAGAUGGCUCUUUAUCAUUGAAGGUGCUUUGACUGUUGCUCUCGGUAUUGGCGCGGUGUUCAUUCUGCCAGACUACCCGCACACGACAGCUUGGAUCACCGAAAGAGAGAGAUUUAUCGCCGAGAGAAGGCUAACCAUCGACAUUGGUGAAUCUGAUGAAACAGAAGAUAAGAGUGCGUUCCAGGGCCUCAAGCUUGCUCUGGUUGACCCCAAGGUCUGGCUUCUUGGACUCACCUACCAUGCCACCAUCAUGGGACUCUCGUUUGUUUUUUUCUUCCCCACAAUCACCCAAGCAUUGGGCUAUGGCACCACCACAACGCUCCUUCUUACUGCACCUCCCUGGAUCUGGGCUUGUUUGGUUUCUCUACCGAAUGCCUGGCAUGCAGAUAGGACAGGAGAUCGGUUCUUCCACUACUUUGGGCCAGCUGCGCUUUGUAUCAUUGGUUAUAUUAUUUCGAUGACAACCAAGACGACGGCCCCGCGAUACUUUUCCAUGUUCCUAAUGACCACUGGGUUCGCGUCAGGCUUCGUCAUGCUCGCGUGGAUCUCCAACACAAUCCCACGCCCUGCUGCAAAGAAGGCCGCCGCCAUUGCCCUGGUCAACGCUAUGGGUAACAUUGGUAGCAUCCCGGGCUCAUACAUCUGGCCUGCCAAGUUCGGUCCUCUCUACGUCCAGUCUUUUGGUGCAGAAAUUGGUAUCCUGGGCCUCGCAUGCUGCAGCGCCUUCCUCUUGCGAACUCACCUGAAGAGGCUCAACAAGAAGCUAGAGGCGGAUGAGGCGAAUAUGGCUACAUCGGCUGUUGCUGGAGAAGCUUCCACCAAAUCUCCAGGUGAUGAGCUUAGGCCUGCUAAGAACUUCAGGUACUUGUACUAA